CAUUGCUUGUACUCAUCCAACCAAUAGUGCUAAUUAUAAUAGUAUUGCUACUACCAAUUGAAUGGCAGAAUCCAAACCUUCGACCUCCAACUACACCUCAAUACAAUGGCCACAACCAUGUCGUCAAAUCGAAUAUCCUGAAAUUCUUUUAGCAACCGAAAACUUUAACGAAUCAUUAGUAAUUGGGUGUGGGGGUUUUGGAAAAGUUUACAAAGGUAACAUCAACAAUGGAUCAAAGCUUGUUGUUGCUGCCAUUAAACGUUUGGAUUCCAGGUCUGACCAAGGGGAAACCGAGUUCUGGGCUGAAGUUAAAAUGCUUUCCAAGUUACGCCAUGCUUAUCUAGUGUCUUUGAUUGGUUAUUGUAGUUAUGAAGAAGAAUUUAUCAUUGUCUAUGAAUAUAUGCCCAAUGGGACAUUGAGUGAUCAUCUACAUAAACUUGGUACACAUCUUUCCUGGCUUGAGAGACUCCGAAUCUGCAUUGGUGCUGGUCGUGGCUUAGAUUACCUCCAUACUGGUACGGGAAUUGAGUUUGGCGUAAUACAUCGUGAUGUCAAGAGCUCAAACAUUUUAUUAAAUGAAAGGUGGGCGGCUAAAGUUUCAGAUUUCGGGUUGUCAAGAAUAAGCCCAGCAAAUCAACCAUCAACUUAUGUAAACACUCUUAUUAAAGGCACCUUUGGGUAUCUUGAUCCAGAUUAUGUCGCUACUGGCAAAUUAACAAGGAAAUCUGAUGUGUAUGCUUUUGGGGUGUUAUUGUUGGAAGUGUUGUGUUGUAAGAGACCACUUGACCCAAGUCUUGAUUGUGGUUUCGCAACAUGGGCUCAAGACUCAAUCAGAGAAGGCCAUUUCAAGCGCAUAAUUGACUAUUAUAUAAAGAGUCAGAUAUCCCCAAAGUGUUUGAAGAAAUUUGUUCAAAUAGCUCAGAGAUGUUUGGAUAACCAUCCAAAGCACCGUCCUACCAUGGGUGAGGUUGUUGUCGGUCUUGAAUCUAUAUUGAUCUUACAGGAGAAAAUCGACAAUUCGUUGCAAACUUCAGGCAAGACACUAUUUGGUAGAAUGGUUGAUAAGUUUCCUUUCCCCUCCAAUCCGGAGAACUCUGAUAUUCUAAUCUCCUCAAAGAGGUUGUCCAACAACACAAAAGAAGACAUUCAGCUGCCAACAUUUAGCUACCAUAUGAUCGCUACAGCCACUGACAGCUUUUCACUUAACAAUUUACUUGGAGAGGGUGGAUUUGGAAAUGUCUAUAAGGGUGUGUUGGAAGAAGGGCUAGAGAUUGCAGUUAAGCAUCUCUCCAUGACUUCCAAACAAGGAAUUGAAGAGUUGAAGAAUGAAGUCUUCCUCCUUUCAAGACUUGAGCACAUAAAUCUUGUGAAGCUCCUUGGCAGUUGCAUAGAAGGAGGCGAGAACCUAGCAAUCUAUGAGUACAUGCCAAAUAAAAGCUUAGACACACUUUUGUUUGGUGGUGAAAACAAAAGAAUGCUUCUUGAUUGGGAGAGACGCUUCAACAUCAUUAAAGGAAUCGCCCAAGGACUUCUCUACCUACACCAUGGUUCACUAAUAAGUAUCAUUCAUAGAGAUCUUAAAGUCAACAACAUUCUACUAGAUCUGAAUAUGAACCCAAAGAUAUCAGACUUUGGCCUAGCUAGAAGUCUUAAAGAAAAUCAGAGACAAGCAGAAACGAUUAGCGUUGUUGGCACAUUCGGUUACAUGCCACCGGAAUAUGCACAACAUGGUAUUUUUUCAACCAAAUCAGAUGUAUAUAGCUUUGGGGUUUUGGUUCUGGAGAUUGUGAGCGGGAAGAGAAAUCGAGGAUUUAGCAGCCAUCAUGAUUACUAUGACCUUACUAGAGAUGUAUGGCUGGCUUAUAAUAAAGGCAUGUCGGCCAAAAUUGUUGAUGCAACUUUGGCAUACCAUCCACCCGAAGUUUUAAGAUCAAUAAUAGUCGGAUUGCUGUGUGUUCAAGACAAUGCAGCAGACAGGCCAGAUAUGACAACCGUUGUUCAAAUGUUAGACCAUGAAGGUGUUUUGCCACAGCCCAAGGAAGCAGCAUUUUUCAUGGGAAGGGAUUCGUAUUCUAGAAGUUCCUUACACAAUAUUUUAAACAAUCAUUUGACUGUUACAGAAGUUGAUGUCUCCAUGCCGCAAACUUUCAGCUACCAUACCAUAGUAACUGCCACUGCCAGGUUUUCACGCAAAAAUUUACUUGGAGAGGGUGGAUUUGGAAAGGUUUAUAAGGGUGUGCUAAAAGAAGGGCUAGAGAUCGCAGUUAAGUGUCUCUCUGAAACUUCCAGGCAAGGAAUUGUAGAGUUUAAUAACGAAGUCUUCUUCCUUUCAAGACUUCAGCAUAUAAAUCUUGUGAAGCUGAUCGGCAGUUGCAUAGAAGGAGACAAAAAAUUACUAAUAUAUGAGUACAUGCCAAAUAAAAGCUUGGACAAAUUUAUAUAUGGUGAUGAUAACCCAAGAUUGCUCGUUGACUGGACGAGGCGCUUCAACAUCAUUAAAGGAAUCGCCCAAGGACUUCUUUACCUACAUCAUGGUUUACUAACAAGUAUCAUUCAUAGAGAUCUUAAACUCACCAACAUUCUACUAGAUCUGAAUAUGAACCCAAAGAUAUCAGACUUUGGCCUAGCUAGACAUCUUGAAGAAAAUCAGAGCGAAGCAACAAUGAGUAAUAUUGCUGGCACAUUAGCUUACAUGCCACCGGAAUAUGCAUUCCAUGGUAAUAUUUCAACCAAAUCAGAUGUAUAUAGCUUUGGGGUUUUAGUGCUGGAGAUAAUUUUUGGGAAGAGAAAUAACUUCCAUGACCUAUCUAGGGAUGUAUGGAGGGCUUAUAAUAGUGGCGUGUCCGAGGAACUUAUUGAUGAAACUUUAGCUGAAUCAUACGAUCAAUUCCAAGUUUUAAGAUCAAUAGAAGUUGGAUUGUUGUGUAUUCAAAAUGAUGCAAGAGACAGGCCAGACAUGACAACAGUAGUUCAAAUGUUAGACAACACAGAUGUUUUGCCACAACCCAAGGAACCAGCGUUUUUCGUGGGAAGGGAAUUGUGUCCUAGAUUUUCUUACGAUAUUUCAAUCAAUGAUUUGACUAUUACACAAGAAGUCCGAUAGAAAACUUAGGUGCAUUUAAAUAAACUAAACUAGCAUACUACAUGUACAAUAAAAGGGAUUAUAAAAUGUUUUGAAUGUUGUUCAAUGAUUUUUAUAGCCUCACAAUGGGGUUUAAUUGUAUUGAAUUUACAUGAUACAUAAAGUAACUCCCAAUUUCGUUA